GAUCUCAGCUAUGGAUGCUUCCAUCAGCUGCCCGCGGCUCUGACAGAGGGAACCCGGCUGGUCUGAAGCAGUUGCAGAUAUGGUGAGGUACAGUGUGAUGCCGGAGCUGCAAGCCUUCCAGCAGCCUCUCCAGGGUAACCCCCUGUCUAUGGGUCACAUAGGGCAGAGCUGUGGGGCAACUGAGGAGAAUGAGAUCCCCACAGAGGAAAGACGGCGCCUUUCCCAGGGCCCAUCAGAUUUAGAGAAAAGCCAUCCAGUGAAUAUCCCAGACGCAGCUAAAAGAAAGAAGAAGAAACGAACAAGGGCAACAGACAGCCUCACUGGCACUUUUGAUGAGCUGUACAAGCUGACGGAUGAGGUUCUUGGUCAGGGGGCAUAUGCUAAAGUUCAAGGAUGCAUAAGUCUACAGAACGGACAGGAGUUUGCUGUGAAGAUGAUAGAGAAAAGUGCAGGUCACAGCCGCAGCCGCGUCUUUCGAGAAGUGGAGACACUCUACCAGUGUCAGGGGAACAAAAAUGUUUUGGAACUGAUCCAGUUCUUUGAAGAUAGCACAUGCUUCUAUUUGGUAUUUGAAAAGCUCCGUGGAGGCUCCAUCCUCACACACAUCCAGAAUCGAAAGCACUUUGAUGAGCUGGAGGCCAGUAAGGUCGUCAGGGAUAUUGCCCAAGCACUUGACUUCUUACACACUAAAGGCAUUGCCCACAGAGACCUUAAGUUGGAGAACAUCCUUUGUGAAUACACUGAUCGAGUGUCGCCAGUGAAGAUCUGUGAUUUUGACUUGGGAAGCGGAGUGAAGCUCAGCAGUGCCUGUACACCCAUUACGACUCCAGAGCUCACCACACCGUGUGGCUCAGCUGAGUACAUGGCUCCAGAAGUAGUGGAGGUCUUUACUGAUGAAGCCUCCUUCUACGACAAGCGCUGUGACCUCUGGAGCCUCGGGGUCAUCCUCUAUAUCCUGCUGAGCGGCAGCCCCCCCUUCACAGGCCACUGCGGCACCGACUGUGGUUGGGACCGGGGAGAAACCUGCAGAACCUGCCAGAGUCACCUGUUUGAGAGCAUCCAGCAGGGCCAGUAUGAGUUUCCAGACAAGGACUGGUCUCACAUCACAGCUGGGGCCAAGGAUCUCAUAUCCAAGCUGCUGGUUCGGGACGCCAUGCUUCGCCUCAGUGCUGCUCAGGUCCUAAAGCACCCUUGGGUGCAGGGGAACGCUCCAGAGAGAGGUCUUACAACCCCUCAUGUUUUACAGAGGAACAGCAGCACCAAAGACCUGACCCAGUUCGCAGCAGAAGCCAUCGCCUUCAACCGGCAGCUCUCCCAGCACGACGAGCAGCAGGAGGACGUCGGAGGGAUCGUUUGCUCCAUGAGGCUUUCUCCUCCUUCCAACUCCAGACUGGCUCGUAGGCGGGCGCAGUCUAAUGCCCUGCGUACCAGUGACUUCGAACCCGCCUCGGACGACCUUGCUGCCUGAAGCACCAGUGUA